AACUAAACACAAUAAUGCUAUUCUUGUGUUUAAGUGUUUUGCUAAGCGUCCGGUGCUUUGGUAUCAGUGCCGAGACAGUAGACGUUAAGACCAGCUCCGGUACUGUAAGGGGACAGACUAUUGUCGAACUCGACAAAAAACUCAACCAAUUCUAUGGCAUACCAUUCGCUGAGCCACCGGUCGGUGCCCUGAGAUUUGCCAAACCAAUGCCUAUUACAAAGCCUUCACCGGCUAUCAUCGAUGCGACCAAAAAGAAGACCUCCUGUUUGGGUGGCGAUGAGCCGGCGUCUGAAAACUGUCUAUACGUCAACAUAUGGGCGCCCCAUAACACCACACAAUUAAAAGCAGUUAUGUUUUGGAUAUACGGCGGGGGUUUCAGAGGGGGCUCUAUAUUCUCGGACAUGUAUAACGGCAAGUCGUUGGCCUCCUAUGAUGUCGUGUAUGUGGCCGUGGAUUACAGGAUGGGUUCAUUGGGUUUUAUAUACGGUGGCGAUGAUAAUAUGGCACCGGGCAAUCUGGGACUACUUGACCAAAUUGAGGGACUUAAAUGGGUACAGGAAAACAUCCACGCGUUCGGAGGUGAUAAGGAUAGGGUAACGAUAUUCGGUGAGAGCGCCGGUAGUAUCGCCGCAUCGGCUCUGGUAUUAUCUCCACUGGCGAAAGGGCUGUUUGCGAGGGCUAUACUAGAGUCAGGCGCUCAGCUCUAUAGCUGGAAGAGCCUGACACCCGAUCAGGUCUACUAUACGAGGGAACAGGCAUUAGCCGAGGCCAAGGAAAUGGGCAAACAUUUCAAGUGUACGGACGAUAAGACGUGGUUAGAGUGCCUGCGAAAGGUUGACGCGAAUGAGAUCCACGACUACGGGGCUCUCACUGUCGGUGCAAUGGUUGGCAACGCCUUUAUGCCACUCAAUGCUCAGGAGGCCUUCAAACAGGGAAAGUAUAAUACAGACGUGGAUCUGAUCGCUGGUAUUGUCCGCAAUGAGGGCUCACUUCUUGCGGACCAACUCAAAGGCAAUGCAACCGAACAGACGUUUAUUAAUGAAGUUAAGAGUCUUAUAAAAGAUCCCGAUUUGGAGGCAAUUAAAGAGUUUUAUCUCAAAGACAUCAAACCCGGCAACCAAUCAGCCUAUCGAUGGGCUUAUUAUGAUUUUUACGGUGAUAUCAAUUUGAAGUGCAAUACAUAUCUGUUUGCCAAACAAGUGGCCAAACACUCGACCACAAGGAAUGUCUACUUCUAUGAACUCACGUAUCAAAGUGGCGGACAUUUGUAUGGUUGCGAUGAAAAGACAAUGGGUAUAUGCCAUGGAUCUGAUCUCGAGUUCGUAUUCUUCAGGACCGGUUCCAAUCCUAAGCUCGACAUACCUUUCAGUAAGGAAUGGAUGAGUUAUUGGACUAAUUUUGCCAAAACUGGUGUUCCCACGACUGACACCAAAUGGCCUAAACUUGUGAACAAAGCCGAAGAAUACAAGAUAUCGAGGGUUAAGGACAUGAAUCCACACGACUUCAGCAAAACACUUGUCGAUCCCUUUAAGAAGAUUUGCGACGAGUUUUGGGGAAAAUAUUUUGAAUAA